CAUCUCCGUGCACUCACUACAGAGCAAGGCUGUAUCAAGAAGCCUGUGCCUGCAUCGUCAGCGCCGAAAAAUAAGACUCCAUGGUGGUUCAGCAAGCGUCUCCCAUCAAUCAUGCCGGGCCAUCGUCACGCCCAGGCAACGCACACCCAGCCGCAUCCACGGCUUCGAAGACCGUAGUGAUCAAGCUCGGCACGUCCUCCAUUCUCUCCGAAUCGACCUUCACCCCGCGUCUGUCCAUCCUGUCGUCGCUGGUGGAGACUUGCCAUGCUUUACGGCAAGCAGGACACAAGGUCCUGUUCGUUUGCUCCGGCGCAAUCGGAAUGGGAAGGGUCAAAAUGGACAUGGGCAAGACUGGACCGCCCAAGAGCGUUGGUGAACGGCAGGCGCUUGCAGCUAUCGGUCAAUGCAGACUGAUGGCGCUUUGGGACUCAUUAUUCAGUCAGCUCGGACUUAGCGUAGCACAGGUGCUUCUCACAAAGUAUGACAUUGCUGAUAGAGCACGCUACCGUAACGCCCGUACAACACUCCUUACUCUUCUAAACAUGGACAUCAUACCGAUCGUCAAUGAGAAUGACACGGUCUCUGUCUCCGAAUUACGGUUCGGUGACAACGACACCUUGUCCGCAAUCACGGCCGCAUUGGUCGAUGCCCACUACCUCUUUCUCUGCACUGAUGUCGAUGGACUGUACACUGCCAACCCGCGGUCCGAUCCAAAUGCGCGACGCUUGGGUGUCGUGAGCACUGUCAGCAGCGCGAGGAAGGCAGUGCACGUUGCUAGCAUGGGAAGUAAUUUUGGAACGGGUGGGAUGCAGACAAAACUCAUCGCUGCUGAGCUAGCAACAGCGGCUGGUGUCGCAACUGUCAUUCUGAACGGCAUGACACCAAGCAACAUCGUCAAGAUCAUAGACGCAGGAAUACCCGCGAUGCCUCCGAAAGGAGGCUCGGCAAACUCACAUGCAGCAUCAACAGCAAUAGUCGAACAUCCGUCACCACUCGUAACAGCCGGCGACGCGUCAGGGACAUCGACGCCUGGUAAUGUAACACCCGAUGCCCUCACAUCAUCGGUUUCCUCUCUGUCUGAAGACGCCUCCCAAAUCGGAAUUCCUCCUCUCUCAUCACCGCCUCACACGCUUUUCCUACCGCAUUCCAACCCUUUGCCUUCUCGCAAAUGGUCGAUUCUGCACGCUAUGCACCCCUCGGGCAGUCUGAUUAUGGACGAAGGUGCCUACCGCGCGAUCACGCGCGCAGACAGUGGUGGGCGACUACUGCCAGCAGGUGUUAUCGGCGUCGCGGGGAACUGGGAACGGAUGCAGGCCGUCCGCCUCGUUGUCAGACGGAAGCGAAAAGUGGUGGCUGAUACUCAGACAGAGAAGGAGCGCGGGGAACAGAGAAAGGACGAAAAAGACGUGGAAGAUGUGGAGAUUGGGCGCGGGUUGGCAAAUUACACCUCAAUCGAAUGCGAGCGUAUAAAAGGGCUGAAGAGCUCGCAAAUCGCGGCGACGUUGGGUUUUGCCGACUCGGACUACCUCACCGAUCAGAUCGCACUACAUAACUUGCAAUUAGAAGACAACUUCCACGAAUGAAAGGAAUGUUACCUCCAUGUCACUGCAACAAAGAG